AUGGGCCUGGUGGGGCGCCUGCACGAGGCCUUCAUGCAGUGCCAGGACCUGAAGACUGAAAAAGCCCAGAUGGACCGAAAAAUCAACCAGCUCUCUGAGGAGAAUGGGGAACUUUCCUUCAAGCUGCGGGAGAUUGCCAGCAAUAUGGUCCAGCUGCAGCGAGCCCUGAAUGAGCUCUCGGAGGAGCGCAACAGCGCCAUGGCACAGUCGCAGGAAAAGCAGCAACAGCUGGAGAAGGAGCUGCAUGCUGCCCUGCAGGACAAGAAAUGCUCAGAAGAGAAAAUCGAGAUUCUACAGGGAAAGAUUUCUAUGCUGGAGGAUCAGCUGGCCAAGCUGGAGGAGUGCAGCACCCAGAAGGGAGAAGUCAUGGGGGACAUUUUGAAGCUGGAGGAGCUGAAGCAGGAGGUGUCCAGCCUCACAGCCAAAGGAGUGCAGCUGGAGGAGAAGAAGCAGCAGCUGGACAGCCUUGUCAGCAGCCUCCAGAACUCCCUCUCUGAGAGCCACGGGGCCCGAGAGAGGGUCAAGUCAGUCCCCAUAAGGGUGGACACAACCUUCCCUGCAGCAAGAUGAAAGGUGACCCACAGGAGGGUUGCGACAUUAUGGCAGGUGCCCCGCAAUCCCCCCUCACCUGUAGUCCAGUUCCAGCCCUUGUGCCAGUUGACCUUGCAGGUGACAGCAU